AUGAACAAAGUCCUCAGGAUAUCGAUGGCCUUCCUCUCCCUCCUUCCUUCCCUAUCUUAGGUCACGAAGAAGGUAUCUCACAAAUAAUACUUUCUCACAAAAUUCAGCGCUCCUUUGAGAGGGGGUCCUACCUCCCCUUAUAUAGGGCCCACAAGUGGGCAAAGGGGAGGUGGGCCCACUUGAGGCCCUCAAGCUCAUAAGUCACAAAAAGGCUACAAAAGGGGCUUAUUGGGCCUCUAAAAGAGAGACCUAAUAAGCUCCCUUAAAAGGAGAAAGUAGAGGGCCCUUGUACGAUGCUUAAGUGGGCCUCAAAUGAAGACCCAAAUAAGCCUCAAAAGAAGCCCAAAAGGAAAGAAGCAUAGGUCCCCCUCCCUUAGGGUUUUAAUUGGGCCUCAAAAGAGAGACCCAAUAAAACCUUAAAGAAAAGGAGACACAAACAACAACACACACAUAGAAUUGGGCCUGCUAACACACAAAUGUGAGGCCCAACAAGUCAACGUGAAAAUACAAAAAAAGAUAAAGGUGAGCUUGAGCUCGUUGUCAUCGUGGAGGUGGAAUGUUGUCGUCUCAAAGGGCUAGGCUAUGUAGCGAAAACCAGGCUCCUUCGUCUUCACAUGUCGAUCGGGCUGAACUCAGACUGCUGGUGUCUCCUGAGCUGAUGGAGAUGGGUCUCGCUUGUCAUCAAUCCUCUUGGGGUUGAAAGAACUCAACUCUGAUGAGUUGGUAAGUGGGGAAGGCAGGGGCUCCAGCAAGUCUGGUCGUAGUUGCUCCAUGUCUGCCUCUGAAAUCUAAGCAUCGUCCUCCGACGGGCGACCCUACCAACAUACUAGGAAUCUCUGUAAAACUCUGUCCCCUAUAAAGUCAAUUACCUCCCGAAGAAUCUCCUUGACUCGUUCGUGCCAAUCAGGUGGUAAAAUGAGGGGGUGGACUCCAUGGCAAACUCUCUCUCAAAGAAGGGGCCGGUAGAUGAGGGCUCGAUGUCAGAUGAAAGAGGUAGGGCUUUGUGUGAUGCCAAAUCCACCACGUUGAACGUGGAGCUAAUCCCUCACGAAGGAGGGAUGCCAACGACAUAGGCAUUCUCGCCUAUUCAAGAAAGAACACGAAACGAGCCGAUGCUAUGAGCAUGAAGUUUCAUAGCAAAAUUAAGAGCGUAAUGCUCGGGCCUCAUCCUCACCAUAACUUGGUCUCCCACCUAGAAGAUCUGCAGUCGACAAUGCAUAUCAGCAGCUUGCUUGUACAAUACAUUAUGACUCUAUAUCCUAUCGUAGAUGUCUUGAUCCAACUAACUAAUAUGCUGGGCAAAUGUGACACCAUCCUCGGAAACUCUAACAUGAGAGUCCAAGGGUACUAGAUCUAAGGACUUACGGGGUGUUAAGCUGUGUGCGAUCUUGAAGGGGCUCAUGCUAGUGGUACGGUUGGUCGAGGAGUUAUAGGCAAACUCGGCGUGUGGUAUGAUCAAAUCCCAAGUGGUCAAGCUCUCGCCGACUAAUGACCGAAGCAGAUUCCCUAAGCUACGAUUGACGGCUGACGUGACUCAGUCAUUGUAUAUUAAAUCACGCAAAUAUUAAAUUUAUAAAACUAGAAAAUACGAAUUUUUGGAUAUUUAAAAGUAUUUAGAAAUAAAUAUAUCAAUUAUAAUUCAAUAAAAAUUCUAAAAAUAGCAGUAAUUUUCUAAGUCGAUCAUAGGGAUGUAAUAUAAUAUCUGGUAAUUAUUCAGAAUUUUUCUCAAUAAAUACGAUUUUCUUACGAAUUUUAUACUAGGAAAUAAAAAGGAAAUAUAUUUAAAAUUCACGAAAAAAAAGAAAUAAGGGUGCAGACGUCAGGAUGAUGUCAGCGCCCAGCGAACGCGAAUCAGGCAAAAAUAGAGUUCCACCCGGCGAUUCUUACGUAAGCGAUUACAGACGACUUAAUUAAUCAAAUUAAGAUCUGUAAAAGCCAGAAGAAUCGUAAUUGAACGAAGUAUAGUUUGGUAACAGAGUUCCGGCAUUGCGACGGUGAUGCAUCGGCGAUGCACCGGAAUCCUGAGCGUUCGGGAGGAUCGUCAUGCAGUGUCUACGGCCUCGAAGGCUCUCCUUGGACAAAGACGACGUGGGCAAUCUCUAGAUCUUCUCGCGAAGUCUAGAGAUCAAUGAAGUGGGUCGUCAAAUCGUCUUCGGCGGCUGUCACCCGGCGGAGCGGAAAAACGGCGACUUUGCGGCUCUCCGACGGCUAUCACCCGACGGAGAGGAGCUGGAUGGAGGUGGGGCGCAUGUCAGGGAGCUUCAUCCUCAGGUCCGUGCAGCGAGAGGAGGCUCUUCAUCGCAUCUGGUACGCUCUUAGGAGGUGGCGACUGGUCUCCUGACGGAUCGUUCUCUUCCCGACGACGGCUUGUUUGUCGAUCAAUCAGAGAUGAUUUACUCGAUGGAUUCGCGAUCCUUUUAUCGCAAAUUGUUCAGCAAUUUUAGUAGCAAUGCUCCGCGAAUCGCGUUGACGAGAUUUUCGCCGAUGAUCUAGCGAUUCUCAUUGCUUAAUCCUUCACCAGCGAUCUGCAGGAAAGUCGCGAUAAUUAAAUAAAAAUAUAUGAAUUUUGACUCUAGAAGGAUUCGAACCCACGCUAGUCGCCCGCCUCUUCUGAGGAAGGUGUGACGGGGGUUUAGUCCCACAUCGAUUGUACGCCAAUUUUUCAGGCGAAUAUAUAGUAAUGUUAGCUUUGUGAGCUUCUCUCACGUGUAUGACCACUCUUUGCCCCAUAGCCAGCUGGCCACCAGUGACGUCGAAGGGGAGUGGCGUACGCGUGCCUAUUGGUCCCCAAGCCAAGUCGCUCGAGCCCCUGCUCGCGGCUUACUCCCUGACUGUGCUUCCGACCUGCUUGCGGGCACGGCUGGCCAGCGGGUCCCCCCAUUUUUGUAAUAUUUUUAUUUUUAUUUCUUGUUCUUCAUUUAUCUCAAAAGUAAGACUAUAAAAAUCGUAUAAAAUCACAUAAUUACCCAAAAAUUCACGUUAAUCAAUUGAAAACCAAAAAUCAUUCUUUAACACAAAUAUAAGUCUAUUUAUCAUGAGUUAAGGCUAAAACUAUAUUAUUUACUAAUUAUUAACUCAUGAUAAUGAAGACUUAUCAACGACCUUAGUCUGGCCAUUAGUUUAUAGAUAGUAAGUAGUGGAGAACUUGAGCUUAGUCCCAAGUAAACUCUAAAGAGUCUUUGGUGCUAGGGUGAUCUCUCUAGCUGCCAUGGUGUUUGACUAUGGUGUAGGAACUGUGUCUCGAGAUGGAUGCUGGACAGUGAUACUGACUAGUCCCCUCGAUGAAGUGCUCGUCAAUGAGGCAGUGAGAGAGGCAGCCUCGACUGUUGGUACGGUGGCGGGCCAGAUCUAGAUGUAGCCAAUCAAAUCAGGAGUGUCAUUACACUCCUCGACCAAACCUUUGUCAGCAAUGUAGACAUCAUCGACUACAGGGAUGUCAUCCUCAUGUGAACCACUAUCUAAUUCUUCAAAUCUCUAUGAGGAGAUUCAAAGAUAGGCAUUGGCUCAUCUGGUGCCUAACAUGACUCAGUCAUUAUAUAUUAAAUCACGUAAAUAUAAAAUUUAUAAAACUAGAAAAUAUGAAUUUUUAGAUAUUUAGAAGUAUUUCUAAAUAAAUAUAUCAAUUAUAAUUCAAUAAAACUUCUAAAAAUAGUAAUAAUUUUUUAGGUCGAUCAAGGGAUGUAAUAUAAUAUAUGGUAAUUAUUCAGAAUUUUUCUUAAUGAAUAUAAUUUUCUAUGAAUUUUAUACUAGGAAAUGAAAAGAAAAUAUAUUUAAAAUUCACGAAAAAGGAAAAUAAGGGUACGGACAUUAAGAUGAUGUCAGCACCUGGCGAACGCGAAUCGGGCGGAAAUAGAGUUCUGCCCGAUGAUUCUUACAUAAGUGAUUAUAGACGAUUUAAUUGAUCAAAUUAAGAUCUGUAAAACCGAAAGAGUCGUAAUAGAACAAAGUAUAUUUUGAUAAAUUAAAAUCACAAAAAUUAUCACUAAAUGAAGCGUAAAGUAAGUUGAAAGCAGGAAAAUAGAGUUCCAACAUCGCAACGGCGAUGCAUCGGCGAUGCACCAGAAUCUUGAGCGUUUGGGAGGAUUGUCAUGUAAUGUCCACGGCCCUGAAGGCUCUCCUUAGACAAAGACGACGUGGGCAAUCUCUAGAUCUUCUUGCGAAGUCUAGAGAUUAAUGAAAUGGGUUGUUGAGUCGUCUCCGGUGGCUGUCACUUGGCGGAGCGGAAAAAUGGUGACUCUGUGGCUCUCUGACAGCUAUCACCCAACGGAGAGGAGUUGGAUGGAGGUGGGGCACGUGUCAGGUGACGUGACUCAGUCGUUGUAUGUUAAAUCACGCAAAUAUAAAAUUUAUAAAACUAGAAAAUACGAAUUUUCAGAUAUUUAGAAGUAUUUCUAAAUAAAUAUAUCAAUUAUAAUUCAAUAAAAAUUCCAAAAAUAGCGGUAAUUUUCCAAGUCGAUCACAAGGAUGUAAUAUAAUAUCUGGUAAUUAUUCAGAAUUUUUCUCAAUGAGUACGAUUUUCUUACAAAUUUUAUACUAGGAAAUAAAAAGGAAAUAUAUUUAAAAUUCACGGAAAAAAAAGGAAAUAAGGGUGCGGACGUCAAGAUGACGUCAGCGCCCGGCGAACGCGAAUCAGGCAGAAACAGAGUUCCACCUGGCGAUUCUUACGUAGGCGAUUACAGACGACUCAAUUAAUCAAAUUAAGAUCUGUAAAAGCCGGAAGAAUCGUAAUUGAAUGAAGUAUAGUUUGGUAAAUUAAAAUCAACAAAGUAUCACUAAAUGAAGCGUAAAUUAAAUUGAAAGCAGGAAAACAGAGUUCUGGCGUCACGACGGCGAUGCGUCGGCGAUGCACCAGAAUCUUGAGCGUUCGAGAGGAUCGUCGUGCAGUGUCCACGGCCUCGAAGGCUCUCCUUGGACAAAGACGACGUGGGCAAUCUCUAGAUCUUCUCGCGAAGUCUAGAGAUCAAUAAAGUGGGUCGUCGAAUCGUCUCUGGCGGCUGUCACCCGGCGGAGCAGAAAAACGGCAACUUUGCGGCUCUCCUGCGGCUGUCACCCGACGGAGAGGAGCUGGAUGGAGGUGGGGCGCGUGUUAGGGAGCUUCAUCCUCAGGUCCGCGCAACAAGAGGAGGCUCUUCAUCGCAUCUGGUACGCUCUUAGGAGGUGGCGACUGGUCUCCUGGCAGAUCGUUCUCUUCCCGUCGACGGCUUGUUCGUCGAUCAAUCGAAGAUGAUUUACUCGAUGGAUUCGCGAUCCUUUUAUCGCGAAUCGUUCAGCAAUUUUAGUAGCAAUGCUCCGCGAAUCGUGUUGACGAGAUUUUCGCCGAUGAUCCAGCGAUUCUCAUUGCUUAAUCCUUCACCGGCGAUCUGCAGGAAAGUCGCGAUAAUCAGAUAAAAAUAUAUGAAUUUUGACUCUGGGAGGAUUCGAACCCACGCCGGUCGCCCCCGCCUCUUCUGAGGAAGGUGUGGGUUUAGUCCCACAUCGGUUGUACGUCGAGUUUUCGGGCGAAUAUAUAGUAAUGUUAGCUUUGUGAGCAAAGUUCUUUCUCUCCCGUGUACGACCACUCCUUGCCCCACAGCCGGCUGGGCACUGGAGACGUGGAAGGGGAGUGGCAUAUGCGUGCCUGUCGGUCCCCAAGCCAAGUCGCUCGAGCCCCUGCUCGCGGCUUACUCCCCGACUGUGCUUCCGACAUGCUUGCGGGCACGGCUGGCCGGCGGGUCCCCCCAUUUUUGCAAUAUUUUUAUUUUUAUUUCUUGUUCUUCAUUUAUCUCAAAAGUAAGACUGUAAAAAUCGUAUAAAAUCACAUAAUUACCCAAAAAUUCACGUUAAUCAAUUGAAAACCAAAAAUCAUUCUUUAACACAAAUAUAAGUCUAUUUAUCAUGAGUUAAGGCUAAAACUAUAUUAUUUACUAAUUAUUAACUCAUGAUAAUGAAGACUUAUCAUCAGGGAGCUUCAUCUUCAGGUCCACACAGUAAGAGGAGGCUCUUCAUUGCAUCUGGUAUGCUCUCAAGAGGUAGCGACUCGUCUCUCAGCGGAUCAUCCUCUUCCCGAUGACGGCUUGUUCGUCGAUCAAUCGGAGAUCAUUUACUCGAUGGAUUCGUGAAUCCUUCAGCAAUUUUAGUAACAAUGUUUUGUGAAUCGCAUUGACGAGAUUUUCGCUAAUGAUCCAGCAAUUUUCGUUGCUUAAUCCUUCACCGGCGAUUUAUAGGAAAGUCACAAUAAUCAGAUAAAAAUAUAUGACUUUUGACUCUAGAAGGACUCGAACCCGCCCUAGUCACCCGCCUCUUCUGAGGAAGGUGUGACACGGGUUUAGUCCCACAUCAGUUGUGUGCCAAUUUUUCAAGUGAAUAUAUAGUAAUGUUAGAUUUCUAAGGCAAGUCCUUUCUCUCAUAUGUAUGACCACUCCUUGCCCCACAAUCGGCUGGCCACUAGUGGAGUGGAAGGGGAGUGGCACACACGUGCCCUUAUCGGUCCAAGCCGCUCGAGCCCCUACUUGCGGCUACUCCCCGACUGAGCUUCUGACCCACUUGUGGGCCUAGUUGGUUGGUAGGUCUUUCAUUUUAUAAUAUUUUUAUUUUUCUUUCUUGUUCUUUAUUUAUCUCGAAAGUAAGAUUGUAAAAAUCAUAUAAAAUCACAUAAUUAUCUAAAAAUUCACAUUAAUCAACUGAAAACCACUUUUCACACUUUAACAUAAAUAUAAGUCUAUUUCUCAUGAGUUAAGGCUAAAACUAUAUUAUUUAUUAAUUAUUAACUCAUGAUAAUAAAGACUUAUCAAUGUCUCUUAUCCUUACACUUGAAACAAGUGAUAUGGGCUUGGGACGCAACCGAAGCAUAGUCGGAUGCGUCGGCUAGUGGUGGACACAGGGGUGGUGCAGACCUUAUUGAUGUCGCUAGUAUAAUAUGUUUGUUCCCUACGCUAGUAUAUGUCGGUGCUAUCGUUAGUGUCUGUGCAGAUCACAUGAACACCAUCUUUGUGGUAAUCAGAGGUGGGGUGAACUAUGUGUCCUUAGCAAGUCACUCCAUAUGCUUUUCUAUGUGGUAGGCCUCGUCUACUUCAAACGCAUUGCCUUUCAACACCUCGUUCUGAAGCUGCAAACUAAGUCCAUAGGUGAAAAUGCCCAAAAUCACACGUGAGUCCUCAACAAAGCGACACCUCAUGCGGCAUUCCUCAAAAGCUUGAAUAUAGUCUUGGACGGGCGUCUUGCCCUAUCAAAGGUCUAACCAACUGAGGAAUAGCAUUGACUCGUACUGUCGAGGAACAUGUUUGUUCCUCAAGCGUGAUGUCAUAUCAAUUCAUGAUGUGAUGGGUUGCCCUCGUCAGUGUGCCACGUAACUCUUGUUUUUUGAAAGAUCUUAACUUGUCUACCAAGUCUCAUCUCUGCAUACUCCACACAUAAAUCAUCAUUCAUGUGAUACCAUCAAAAAUAGGAGUUCAUACUAGACUCCCAAUCAAUGAAGUCCUUGGGCUCACAGGAGCCAUCAAAGAUUGCCACAUCGACACGCACACUUUUUAGUAUGCGGGCCCUAUGAUCCUCACGUCGCCUGUCCUAAUCAUCCAAUCGAUCAGCCCUAUGGUCACCACCAAAGUCAUAUUGGGGAGGACUCGGGUAACGUCCUUGAUCGUAUUAACGAUCUUGGCAGGCAUCUUGGGGUGCUCAGUAAAAGUCUAGAGCACGCUGCUAGUCGCAGUAGGAAUCAUUACAAUUUCGUGGCUAGCGCUCUACUCGCCGAUUGAGCUCCUCUCGUUGAGAAGGGUCAGCUUUGUAACCCGGAAGGUCUCUCCUGUCUUGUCCCUAGUCACGUCUGUGGGGUCGAUAGUCCUUGUACUGGGGUUGAGGUGGUGGUGGUGGUGGACAUGGGAGAUCGUCCCCACGAGUAGGAUAGACCGGCUCGCGACGAUCAUAAGUAUCUUGUGGCCAACGACCGCCCAAUCGAUCAUGGCCAUUGUCAUGACAAGGUACUUUGCGGCAACAAAGAUUCCCUCGACAAUGAUCGUGAUCGAGGUACUGGUGAUCAUAUGGAUCACUAUAAGGGCUCACGGGCCGGCAGGGCUCGCAAUACUCCUAAUAUGCCUGUGUAAUAGGCGGUGCGACCGGAUACGUGACCAAUGGUGGAGCCGGUGGCAGUGGGCCAUGAGCUGCGGCUACGAAGGUAGCUCGCUCCAGACGCUCAAUAGUCUAGGCCAUGCUACAUAUGACAUCAUCUCGGAGGGAGUGCACUCCAUCCCUCGAAGGAUACCGAGGCGAAAGUUACCAUCGACCACCUCUACCAUGACCCCUAGUACUCUUCAGUGGAUAGUAGGGCAUGGAUUCCUUCUCAACUUAGCGGCUCACAACCGCGAGCGGCUGGGGCUGCCUUGAUGCCUCUUUGGCCGACAUAGGGCUCAAAGUCUCUCAAGGUCAAGAGGGGUCUGGUACCGAAUCCGUCAGUCUCGACAUAGAUGGUGGACUCGUGUCCACUCUAGCUACUUAGAGAGUGGCGGGAUCUGAGGCCUCACCCAAGUGCCGUGACGAUAGUGAACCUCCUCGAGCUCUGAUUGAGCGUGUCUCUAUCAUGGCUGGGUCCUAUGGGUGCCUAUAUGCCAAUGCAAUCCUAUAUAAAUGGUCUACUAGUGAUAUGGAAGUUUGGUGAGCAUCCUCAAGGGACUAAGAUUAGGUGGUAACCCAACUUGGCUCUUAUAUCAAUUUGAUGUAGGACAGGGCGAGAACCCUUGUACUUGAUCAAUGAAACUCAAGACCCAAGAUAGGGUAGUCGGACCGAUCCGGUCAAAAUGUAUGGACCCUAGAUUCUAGGUCUGACCACGUAACCUAAGUACAAGCAGGCAUACUAAUAUGUAUGAUCAAUCCAAGAUAACCUAGAGAAAUACUCGACAAUGGUAAGUGUGAGGACCUCUCGGUCUACAUCCAGACAGACAGCAAAACGAUUGUCGUGAAGUAGCCUAGGGCUGUAACUCACGAAUGGUGACGAGUCUAGCACGAUGUUGGAAGUCACGAUCCGAUAACCCAUCUUAUCCUAUCUACGUUCUCUUGGUAGUGGUGGAAACGAGCCGAGAAAACCCUUUGAAAGAUAAUUAAAAUUAAGAGGGAGGGGUACGGAGCUAACCUUUGGGGCUGCGUAGCCCAGCGGGUUGUGACGGAGUGGAGACUCAACAUAAGUAGAGACGUCUAGUGAAGAGAGAUGCUCAGCAUCGACGGUUGGUCUUGGUCGAGAGUCAUCAUAGUCGUCAUCGUAAGAUGUGGCACGAUCAAAUUAGGAGUGGGCCCACUGGUGGGUCGAAGGGCACGUUAGCAUACGCGCAUGGCGACAGCUCAUAGGGAGGCAGAGUGCUCGGUGACAGCUCAUAGGGAGGCAGAGUGCUCGGUGACAGCUCAUAGGGAGGCAACGCAAGCCACUUUCAUCACGAUGGCGUGACAGGGUUCUAGCUGAGGUGGCGGCGGCUGCAGCGGCAACCGCAACCAUUUCAUCCAGUGACGACAACGAUCUCACAUGAGGCAAUGAAGAUGUUUGGCAGCUCCGGUAGCAAUGUCACGAUGAACGAAGUCCUCAAGGUAUCAAUGGCCUUCCUCUCCCUCCUUCCCUCCCUAUCCUAGGUCACAAAGAAGGUAUCUCACAAAUGAUACUUUCUCACAAAAUUCAGCCCUCCUUUGAGGGGGGGUCCUACCUCCCCUUAUAUGGGGCCCACAAGUGGGCUAAGGGAAGGUGGGCCCACUUGAGGCCCUCAAGCUCAUAAGUCACAAAAAGGCUACAAAAGGGGCUUAUUGGGCCUCUAAAAGAGAGACCUAAUAAGCUCCCUUAAAAGGAGAAAGUGGAGGGCCCUUGUACGAUGCUUAAGUGGGCCUCAAAUGAAGACCCAAAUAAGCCUCAAAAGAAGCCCAAAAGGAAAGAAGCAUAGGUCCCCCUCCCUUAGGGUUUUAAUUGGGCCUCAAAAAGAGAAACCCAAUAAAACCCUAAAGAAAGGGAGACACAAACAACAACACACAUAGAAUUGGGCCUGCUAACACACAAAUGCGAGGCCCAACAAGUCAACAUGAAAAUACAAAGAAAGAUAAGGGUGAGCUCGAGCUCAUUGUCAUCACGGAGGUGAAAUGUUGUCAUCUCAAAGGGCUAGGCUGUGUAGCGAAAACCAGGCUCCUUCGUCUUCGCAUGUCAAUCGAGCUAAACUCGGACUGUCAAUGUCUCCUGAGCUGAUGGAGAUGGGUCUCACUUGUCAUCAAGGUGGGGUGCAUGUCAAGAAGCUUUAUCCUUAGAUCUGUGUAGUAAGAGGAGGCUCGUCAUCACAUCUGGUAUGCUUUCAAGAAAUGUUGACUCAUCUCCCGACAGAUCAUUCUCUUCCUAACAAUAGCUUGUUCAUCGAUUAAUCGAAGAUGAUUUACUUGAUGAAUUCAUGAUCUUUUUAUCACGAAUCAUUCAACAAUUUUAGUAAAAUGCUCCACAAAUUAUGUCGAUGAGAUUUUCACUGAUGAUCAAAUAAUUCUGACAGCUUAAUCCUUCACCAGUGAUUUGUAGGAAAGUCAUGAUUUAAUCAAAUAAAAAUGUAAGUUUUAGCUCUGGUAGGAUUUGAACUUGCGUCGGUCACUCGUCUAUAUGAGAGAGAGGGAAAUAAGUUCUCGAAUAUCCUUAUAUUGUCAUGUCAUCAUACUAUCUCGUAAUUAUAAAUAAGGGGUAGUUUAGGUACUAAAAUCAUCAAAACAUUCCAAGGAAGGUGUGACCACCGAUUUAGUCCCACAUCGAUUAUACACCAAAUGUUGAGAUGGAUAUAUGGUAAUGUGAGAUUUGAGAAUCAAUGAGUCCCUCUCUCGUGUGUGUACAACCACUCCUUGUCCCACCCACUAAUUGGCCACCGAUGAUGUGGAAGGGGAGUGACGCACAUGUGCCCCCAUUAGUCCAUACCCGCUUGACCCCCUACUCAUGA